AUGGAUCCUUCAUCUUCCACAUCACUGCCACAAUCUCUCCACCUCGCCAUGGCCGCGUUGCUCGGAGCCUCUUUCAUGGCCAUUUCCGCCUUUUACAUCCACCGCCGUACCGUCGACCAUGUUCUCCACCGUAUCCUCGAAAUUCGCCGCGCACCGCCUGUUUCCAAUACCGAAGAAGCUUCCUCCGACGAGGAAGAGAAUUACGACGAUGAUCUGAGCGAGUACGACCGAGAAGAAAUGGAAACGGUUACCGAUUCGAGAAACUAUAAAGGAACGCUGUCGAGGUCCGUAGAUGAGAACAGCAUGAACUUGCUUCGAAACUAUAGAGUUUCGUCUUCCAUGCCGGACGUUGUUUCUGCAACCGAAUGGUUCCGUGAUCAUCCUAAGAACCGUUCGUCGUCUCAUGAGAGUCUUAAUUCUGUUCCAAUUGGGCUUCCGUCUCUCCGAAUGAGCUCGAAGCAUGAUAGUGCUCAGAUUUCGAGUUCUUAUAAGAGGAUAGGCUCGGUCGGUAGAAUUAAGACUCCGAUGUCACCCGGGCGUAAUGCGUUUGAAAGUGCUGAGGAUUCUGAUGAUGAUGGAACACAGCUUGGUGAUGAUAAUCACAUUCCUUUCUACCCUGUGACUAGAGAUUCUUCAAAUUCUUAUGGAGUUAAUCCAACUAUUCCUUUCAGAGCUGAUGAUGUCAAUUGUGCAAAAAAUCAGAUUUUUGGAGAAGUUUCUAAAGAAGCAGGAGCUGGUGCAGAUAUGAAUGGUGGAACGAAAGAUUCAACUGCAGCACAUGCAGCCGGGAAUGACCUUGUGUUUGUCAAUAAUGUCUUGUCUGCAAGAAGCGCAGCACUUGAGCCAUUGAAUAUUGAAGAAGAGGAAGUUUGCAAGAUGAUGCGAGAAUGCUUAGAUUUGCGUAAGACAUAUGUUUACAAGGAAAAUGUUCCAUGGAAGGCUGAACCUGUCGAAACUAACUCUGAUCCAUUUCACUUUGAACCAGUUGAAGCAACAGGACACCACUUUAGGAUGGAAGAUGGAGUUGUACGUGUUUUUGCAAGUCGAACUGACACGGAAGAGCUAUUCCCUGUUGCAAGCGCAACAAUUUUUUUUACUGAUAUGGAUUACAUUCUUAAAGUUAUGUCCAUUGGGAAUGUUCGCUCUGCAUGCUACCACAGGCUACGAUUUCUUGAGGAAAAAUUCCGCCUUCAUCUGUUACUGAAUGCAGAUAGGGAGUUUGUUGCCCAGAAAAGUGCCCCCCACCGAGAUUUCUACAAUAUCCGAAAAGUUGAUACUCAUAUUCAUCAUUCUGCAUGCAUGAAUCAGAAGCAUCUCCUUCGCUUCAUCAAGUCAAAAUUAAGAAAAGAACCUGAUGAGGUUGUUAUAUUUAGAGAUGGAAAGUAUAUGACGCUUAAGGAGGUGUUUGAGAGUUUGGAUUUGACUGGAUAUGAUCUGAAUGUGGAUUUGUUGGAUGUCCAUGCAGAUAAGAGCACAUUUCAUAGAUUUGACAAAUUCAACCUAAAGUAUAACCCUUGUGGACAGAGUAGACUUAGAGAGAUAUUUUUAAAGCAGGAUAAUCUUAUCCAGGGAAGGUUUCUGGCUGAAGUUACAAAGCAAGUUUUGUUAGAUCUUGAAGCGAGUAAAUAUCAGAUGGCCGAGUACAGGAUCUCUGUUUAUGGAAGAAAACAGAGCGAGUGGGAUCAGCUGGCAAGUUGGUUUGUUAACAAUGCUCUGUAUAGUAAGAAUGCCGUAUGGCUAAUCCAGUUACCACGGUUAUAUAAUAUCUACAGGAGCAUGGGAAUUGUUACCUCCUUUCAGAAUAUUCUGGAUAAUGUGUUCAUUCCUCUUUUUGAAGCCACUGUAGAUCCAAAUUCUCAUCCUCAAUUACACUUGUUUUUGAUGCAGGUGGUUGGAUUUGAUCUUGUAGAUGAUGAAAGCAAACCUGAAAGGCGUCCAACUAAGCACAUGCCUACUCCAUCUGAGUGGACUAAUGAAUUCAAUCCAGCAUACUCUUAUUACUUAUAUUACUGCUAUGCAAACUUGUACACACUCAACAAGCUUCGUGAAUCUAAAGGAAUGACAAUAAUAAAGUUGCGGCCUCAUUGUGGAGAGGCAGGCGAUAGUGAUCAUUUGGCUGCUGCCUUCCUCCUAUGCCAUAACAUUUCUCAUGGCAUAAAUCUACGGAAGACUCCUGUUUUGCAAUAUUUAUAUUACCUUGCGCAGGUUGGAUUAGCUAUGUCGCCACUUAGCAAUAAUUCACUUUUCUUGGACUAUCACCGCAAUCCUUUGCCCAUGUUUUUCCAGCGAGGGCUGAAUGUCUCUCUAUCUACUGAUGAUCCUUUGCAAAUUCAUUUGACAAAAGAGCCAUUGUUAGAAGAAUAUAGUGUUGCAGCAAAGGUAUGGAAGCUCUCGGCUUGUGACCUGUGUGAGAUUGCUAGAAAUUCUGUUUACCAAUCUGGAUUUUCACAUGAAGCCAAGUUACACUGGCUAGGGGAUAAAUAUUUCUUGAGAGGUUCUGAAGGAAAUGACAUUCACAAGACAAAUGUUCCCAGUUUGAGGAUCUCUUUCCGAUAUGAGACAUGGAAGGAUGAAAUGCAAUAUAUUUACGCCGGUCAAGCAACCUUUCCUGAAGAUGUAGAUCCAUAA